AUGAAGCCUCUCUGGAUGCCUGCCUCCGUGCCCGCGCUGUGGCUGGCUGUGCUGGUGAUGCUCACGCCGGGCUCCGCGCUGGAAGAGGUGCUGAUGGACUCCACCACAGCUACGGCAGAGCUGGGCUGGACCAUCUUCCCUUCUCAGGGGUGGGAGGAGGUGAGCGGCUACGACGAGAACAUGAGCACCAUCCGCACGUACCAGGUGUGUAACGUGUUUGAGAGCAGCCAGAACAACUGGAUCCGCACCCGAUUCAUCCGCCGCAGCGGGGCCCAGCGCAUCCACGUCCAGGUCAAGUUCUCCGUCCGGGACUGCAGCUCCAUCCCCAACGUCCCGGGCUCCUGCAAAGAGACCUUCAACCUGUACUACCACGAGGCCGAGGCAGACACGGCCACGCCCACCUCCCCCGCCUGGAUGGAGAACCCCUGGGUGAAGGUGGACACCAUCGCAGCUGACGAGAGCUUCUCGCAGGUGGAACUGGGUGGCCGCAUCAUGAAGAUCAACAGUGAGGUGCGCAGCUUUGGCCCGGUCUCCAAGACGGGCUUUUACCUGGCCUUCCAGGACUACGGCGCCUGCAUGUCCAUCAUCGCAGUCAGGGUCUUCUAUCGCAAGUGUCCGCGCGUGGUGAUGAAUGGUGCUGUGUUCUCUGAGACCCUGUCCGGGGCUGAGAGCGCCUCCCUGGUGGCUGCACGUGGGGUCUGUGUGCCCAACGGAGAGGAGGUGGACGUGCCCAUCAAGCUCUAUUGCAAUGGGGACGGGGAGUGGAUGGUGCCCAUCGGCAGGUGCAUGUGCAAGGCGGGCUACGAGGCGUCAGCUAACGGGACAGAGUGCACAGCGUGUCCCACCGGCUCCUUCAAACCUGCUCAGGGGGACCACAGCUGCAUACCCUGCCCCCACAACAGCCGCACCAGCAGCCAGAGCGCCACCACGUGUAUGUGCCGGUCAGGGUACUACCGCACAGAUGCCGAAGGACCGGAGAGCCGCUGCACCACGGUCCCCUCAGCACCUCAGAACGUCAUCUCCAUCGUGAACGAGACGUCCCUGCGUCUGGAGUGGAGUCCCCCUGUAGACACCGGUGGGCGGGCCGAUGUAGUCUACAACAUUAUUUGUAAGAGCUGUGGAAGUGAGCGCACCGGCUGCACGCGCUGCGGAGACAACGUGCGCUUUGAGCCGCGGCAGCUGGGCCUGACCAGCAGCCAGGUGCACAUCAGCGAGCUGCUCGCCCACACGCAGUACACCUUUGAGAUCCAGGCCAUGAACGGAGUGUCUGACCAGAGCACCUACUCGCCCCAGUACACCGCGGUCAACAUCACCACCAACCAGGCCGCUCCGUCGGCGGUGACCAUCAUUCACCAGGUGAGCCGCUCCCUCUCCUCCAUCACCCUGUCCUGGUCUCAACCUGAUAAACCCAACGGAGUCAUCCUGGACUACGAGCUGCAGUACUACGAGAAGAGCCAGGCGGAGUGGAAUUCGUCUGUGAGCCACAGUCAGACCAACACUGCUCUGAUCAGAGGCCUGAGGCCUGGGACCAUCUACGUGUUCCAGGUGCGGGCGCGUACCGUGGCCGGCUUCGGGCGCUUUAGUGGGAAGAUGUACUUCCAGACCAUGACUGAAGAGGAGUACGCAUCCAGCCUCCAGGACAAGCUUCCUCUGAUCGUGGGCUCCUCUGCGGCCGGCCUGGUCUUCAUCAUUGCAGUCACCGUCAUCAUCAUUGCGUGCUGCAGAAGGAGCUCAGAGCGCCCUCAGUCUGAGUACACGGACAAACUGCAGCACUACACGAGUGGCCACACGUCUCCCGGGAUGAAGAUCUACAUUGACCCUUUCACCUACGAGGACCCCAACGAGGCGGUCCGGGAGUUUGCCAAAGAGAUUGAAAUUGCCUGUGUGAAGAUCGAGCAGGUCAUUGGAGCAGGGGAGUUCGGGGAGGUGUGCAGUGGGAACCUCCGGCAGCCUGGGAAGAGGGAGAUUCUCGUGGCUAUCAAGACCCUGAAGACGGGCUACACUGAGCGGCAGAGGAGGGACUUCCUAAGCGAGGCGUCAAUCAUGGGCCAGUUUGACCACCCCAACAUCAUCCACCUGGAGGGUGUGGUCACCAAGAGCAGCCCCGUCAUGAUCAUCACAGAGUUCAUGGAGAACGGCUCCCUGGAUUCCUUCCUCAGGCAAAAUGACGGUCAGUUCACGGUCAUCCAGCUGGUGGGCAUGCUGCGGGGGAUGGCCGCCGGAAUGAAGUAUCUGUGUGAGAUGAACUAUGUGCACCGAGACCUGGCGGCGCGCAACAUCCUGGUUAACAGCAACCUGGUGUGCAAGGUGUCUGACUUCGGCCUGUCCCGCUUCCUGGAGGAAGACACCUCGGACCCCACCUACACUAGUGCCCUGGGGGGUAAGAUACCCAUCCGUUGGACUGCCCCCGAGGCCAUCCAGUACCGGAAGUUUACAUCGUCCAGUGACUGCUGGAGCUACGGCAUCGUCAUGUGGGAGGUCAUGUCCUACGGAGAGCGGCCCUACUGGGACAUGAGCAACCAGGACGUCAUUAAUGCCAUAGAGCAGGACUACCGGUUGCCACCCCCUAUGGACUGCCCCAGUGCACUGCACCAGCUGAUGCUGGACUGCUGGCAGAAAGACCGCAACAACAGACCAAAGUUCAGCCAGAUUGUCAACACUCUGGACAAGAUGAUCCGUAACCCGGGGACCCUGAAGGCCAUGACGCCGCUGUCCUCCAGUGUGCAUCUACCUCUGCUGGACCGCAGCACUCCAGACUUCUCUUCCUUCACCUCGGUGGACGAGUGGUUGGAUGCCAUCAAAAUGGGCCAGUACAAGGAGAACUUUGCCAACGAGGGCUUCAGCAGCUUCAACACAGUCUCUCAGAUGACCACAGAUGACAUACUGCGAGUGGGCGUGACGCUGGCGGGCCAUCAGAAGAAGAUCCUGAACAGCAUCCAGACCAUGAGAGCCCAGAUGAAUCAGAUCACAUCUGUGGAGGGAGUGCACAGGCGGCCUGUUCGCAGGGUGCUGGGGAACGGAGCGGACGCUUUGGCACGGGUAGAGCCAUAA